AUGGCGUCUGCUACCCAGGCGAUGGCAAGCGAGGGGCACAAUUUCCAGGUGGUGAUCGAGAAGCAGCCCGGUGAUGACUAUGAGGUCGCUCCAGAGGAAGCACAGGAGGCAGACGAGAUCCAGCCGGACCAUUAUUACGAAGAUGGCGGGAUACCGGUGUUUAAACCGACAAUGGAUCAAUUCAGUUCGUUCAAGGACUUUGUAGAUAAGAUCAACCAUUACGGCAUGAAGUCUGGAAUCGUUAAGAUUAUUCCACCACAAGAAUGGUACGAUACUCUUGCUCCACUUGAGGAAAAAGUCAAAGACAUUCGCAUCAAAAACCCUAUUGUACAACACAUUGCCGGCAUGCAAGGCGAAUAUCGCCAAGAGAACGUCGAGAAACAACGAACCUACAACUUGCCGCAAUGGCGUCAGCUCUGUGAGGGUGCCGAACAUCAGCCCCCAGCAAGGCGCGGUGAGAGAAGGAAAGGACAGGUCGCGAAAGAAGUUACUGUUGGGCGCAGAACCAGAUCCUCAAGGAAAUCUACCGUGGCUCCCGAUCUCCCUGAUAAAGAAAAGGACGAAGAUGUCGACGAUGAAGUUAGACCUACAAACGCGAGAAAGCGAAAUCUUCCCACUCCGCCAGAAAAACUGAAAGAGGAAGAACCUGGAAGCCCAAAAGUACUUACGGAUUCUCACGGACGUCAACCUAGAGUUAGCGCUAUCAGUGGCGUUGAUGUUGAUGGAGGCGAUGGAACACCAGAGCCCUUGACGGACAGCCAUGGUCGUCAACCAAGGCAACGGAAGAAGUAUGUCAGGAAGACCGCCAAGGCCAGGGAAGCUGAGCAAGCAAUGCUUGACGACGAAGCUUUUGAGGGGUUCGAUUACCGGAUUACCAACGCGGACGAAUAUACGCCCGAACGUUGCGAAGAGCUUGAAAAGGCUUACUGGCGUACAUUGACCUACAGCAACCCACUGUAUGGUGCCGAUAUGCCUGGCAGCUUAUUUGAUGACAGGACCACAUCUUGGAAUGUGGCCCACCUUGAAAACUUGCUUGACUGUCUAGGAAAGAAGCUCCCCGGUGUCAACACAGCAUAUCUAUACCUGGGGAUGUGGAGAAGUACUUUCGCGUGGCAUUUGGAGGAUAUGGAUCUUUAUAGUAUCAAUUAUAUCCACUUCGGCGCACCAAAGCAGUGGUACUCAAUAUCGAGGUCCGAUAAGGCCAAGUUCGAAGAGGUUAUGAAGAGGACUUGGCCAAACGACUCGAAGAAGUGUACAGAAUUUUUGAGGCACAAGAGUUAUCUCGUCUCCCCAUCACUCCUUGCCAAUGCCGGUAUCAAAGUCAACAAAGUCGUUCAUCAUCAGAGAGAGUUUAUUAUAACUUUCCCAUACGGCUACCACUCCGGCUACAAUAUGGGCUAUAACUGCGCUGAAAGUGUUAAUUUCGCGACAGAAUCUUGGCUGCAAUAUGGGCGCACCGCAAAGAAAUGCGAGUGUAUCAAGGAUUCGGUAUGGAUCGAUGUGGCCGAAAUUGAGCGGAAAUUGAGAGGGGAAUCCACGGAGGACGAGUACGAAGAAGUUGAGUACUAUGGAGGAUAUGAUGACGAGGAUGACGAGGAUCAAGAUGAGGCGAUGGAUCUUCCGACCCCCCUGAAAGCUCCUCAAGAGCCUGAGCCGUGUAUCCUUUGCCCGAAUAAUAUUCCUAGCGAAGAAUUGGUAGCAACAGAUGAUGGUCAAAACGCACACAGGCUGUGCGCUAUCUACACACCCGAGACAUUUUUCAGCUGGGACCCUUCCAUUCAAAAGGAAGUUGUCGCGAAUGUCAACGGAAUCCCUAAGGCCCGCAUCGAUCUCAAGUGCGUCUUUUGCCGAUCGAAAAAAGGCGCCUGCUUUCAGUGCUCGUCGAAAAAAUGCACUCGGGCCUACCACGCGACGUGUGCGGCUGCUGCUGGUGUUCUUGUCAAUAUGGUUGAUGUGCCUGUUUUCGGCGAGGACGGCCAGUAUUAUACCCGUACCGAAAUCGACUUCCGAUGCCGAUUCCACAGACCUAAACGAGCCAAGGAUAUAGACAUCGAACAUCUAGAGAACGAUCCGCUAAUAAGGUCUUUUGGGAGCCAUCUAAUCAAGGGUGAUGUCAUUCAAAUGCAGUUCCUCAAGGGUGAAAUAUUUGCCGGUGUUGUCAUCGAGAACAGACGUAGUGAGGAAAUGGUUCUCAUCCAGGUCCUGCCAAAAGGUGAUAUCUGCGAAAUUGAGUGGAAAUGGAUACUUGCACAAGAUCCUUCAACUAUAAACAUACCAGAACCGCUUACUGAGAUGCCGUUGAAUCCUACCCCCCAGCAAGCUGGAAUCGCAACUCGGAGAGUUCCUAAGGAGAUUCCUGACACUGAUGAUUGUUUCGGCGAACCCGCAAGUGGGUUAAAAUGGGCUGAAUUUGUCGUCGAGAGACCAGCAUUCAAUGAGGAUCAAGCGCCUGUCGAUUUCACAAAACCGUUCUGGCACUAUCUCGGCGAGUUGUCAACUGAAUACAUUUCAAAAUAUUCAGAGGAUCCGCGGAGGCGUGUUCCGAACGAGGCUGCUAAUCUUAUUCCCUCGAGGAAACCGAAGCCUAGAAGACAAACGCUACCCAAGGCAGCCGCAUUUAACUCACACAUGCAGAAUGCCACUGCUAGUGGGUAUAUGGGCUAUUCUCAGGGACUUUCGCCGCAGCAGCAGGCAGAGCAGCGUUACCAGCAACAGCUCCAAGCUCAACAGCGGAGGUUUAUGUACAACCAUCCGCCCAGCCAGGGUUACCAUGGUGCGCCCGUUGCACCAAUGGUAGGGCAGCUGCCGCAGCAUCAACUGUGGCCUCCUGUCUAUAGACCCGUAGAUUUUCCUAUGCAGCAUGCGCAUGAUAUGGGUACAAAUAUGCCCGCUACUGGGCAGUUUAUGGCUCAGUCUGUUGAUCAACGCAGGGCUGCACACAUGGCUGCCGCCGCGCUAUCGAUGUCGCCACACGGAAUAUUCAGUAAUGAUAUUCCUUCGCAGGUAUCAGGCUUAGCCGAAAUGGAUACCUCAAAUGCGCACGAAGAUAAUGCUUCAAGUAUCGCCGCAAUGGAGGAUACUAUUAUUGUCACAUCGCCUAUCAUUCAAAAGGCCGAUGUUUCACCAAACCCUCAACUCGUAACUCCGCUGAAAUUUGAACCACAGGACGAUCAGUCAUUAUCCAACACGGCCAAAGUCACCACCGUCCCCAUGCCGGCGCCUGUUACUCCCCCACAGUUAAAUGGAAAUAAUCCGCUUUCUGCACCAUCGUCCGGAGCUCCAAAUCCUCCCCCCAACAAGGCAGAUAUCCAGGCGGCGCUCGCGAGACUUGCCAAGGCCAAAGCUGAUAUGGAGGCAAAAAAGCGAUCACAGGAACAAGCCCAGUCCUCACAGGCACAAAGUCAAGCUACACCACAGCAAGCGGCCUAA